AGUAUUUACCUGACUCCUAUAGGAAAAAGAGGCGCUUGGCCCGAUCUCUUUUGUGCCCUAGCAGCUCGCCUCUCGUCUCCCUCGUUUCCUUUCCCCGGAACUCCCCAAUUCGGGCGCUCGAUUCCUGGCUUCGCCUCGAGCCGAUCUCACCUGUUGUUGAGGCAUGACGGCUUGCAAGCAGACCGCAUCCACGGGCACCGAUGUAACCAUGGACGAGGCCGACAGCAACUCAGCAGCGAAGAGAGAUGGAGCGGAGGAGCGGAAGCCCCGGACCAAGUGCAGGAAGGGGAAGAAGGUCAAGGGCAAGUUGGCGGUGAAGAGCAAUGGAGCGGAGAAGCCCAAGACCCACGACCUUUCCGAUGUUACACGCGGGUUGGCGGCGAUGAGCAUUGCAAUGGAAAAUCCGUUGGAUGAACAGCUCGCCAAGCUUGCCCUUUUCACCUACCAGGACGUCUUCUGGAUGGACAAUUUCAAAGGCGUCUAUGACAAGCCGUCCGUAGAUGCUAUUAGAAAGAAAGCUGCUGAAAACUGGGAAUUCUUUAACGAUUCGGACAAGGCCCCUUACGUAGCCAUUGCACGUGUGAACGAAAUACUCCUUGCUGAGGCUUAUGAGUUCAAGAAGGUUGAGACAAAGACAUGGCGGUUUUACCUAUUUUUAGAUGAUUUACUGUGCAAAGCUAAGCAUCCUUUGCAAAUAUAAUGCUCUUUCACCACAUAUAUUAUUUCCAAUAACAAUAGAUAAUCUCAUCUACUUUACCUUCCAUUGAAAGAAUAAUUAAACUGAUUUUGUUUGCACAUUUAAUUUUCUAUCUUGUUGAUCCAUCUUCACCUUGAGCUUUUAUAGAUUUCUUUCCCUUAUAGACACUGAAGUUGACGCUCGGGAUGACGAACAAGAUGACGAAUCUGAAAAUGUGAACACACAAGAUCUCUAAGAUGUGUUUGAAUAGGUGAUUUGCAUUUUUCCUUUUGCUAUCUGUAUAUCUUUUGGAUUGGUUACUCAAUUAGCAGGGGUCAUGCAUGUUC